UAUUGCACGAAGAGGUCGUAACCGGUCGUAAUUGACAACAUUGACAACGACAAUGCUAGUUGUACUGACUGAUUCGGUCAUACCAUUUUUGUUAAUUGCGCAUGGAUUGAGGUAGAAGCAAAAAGUGAUUUGAUGCAAUAUGUGACUUAUUUCGUGGACAGCUGCAACUAAUUUUAUACACAACAAUGAGUGAACAGCUGAAGUACAUAGUGAAUAAGCUGAACAGGAGUCCGUUUAAUAAGAACUUUAACCUCAUCUCCUUUGAUGCACUAAGUCCUGAGCAGUUAAUUCAGAUUUUGACCGAUGUUCUUGCAGAGGUGGAUCCAAAUAAUAAAGUGGAUAUUCAUGAAGAAGAUCCAGAACAAACUACUGUCAGGAUACUCGAGAUGCUCAGAGUUCUUAAAUUUAAGCCUGGUCCAGAAAUAUCAGCGGCUGUGUUUCGCCAUGGUCUUAUCCAAGGGGAUAAACAUAUUGUCCAUCCAAUACUAGAAUGGCUGUUAAAGAAUAUGGAUGAUCUGAAAGUGAGGGCCUACUUGGCUCAAUAUUUGGUGAAAGUGGAAGUGCCAAUAGAGAUAUUAAGUGACACAGAUGUCUCUGCAUUAUAUGAACAGUAUGAGAAACUGAUUGAAGAUUUCAAAGUUGUCCACAAAGGUAGUGAGAUGUUAAGGAACAGUGGCUAUUCAACUUCAGAAUUAAGAUCUGACAUAGACACGAUGGAACGUGAGAAGGAUAUCGUUGUUAAAAGAAUCGAGCGUAUGCAGCAGAAGAUCGAGAAUAUUCACAAUAAGGAAGUGAUGCUCGAAGCUGCUCAUGCUCUGAGAUUGGAGCGCGAACGAGAGAAGUCCCUUGUGAAUCAGAAACAGGAACAGCAGAUGUCUCUGAACCACACAGAACAGCGAGUACAGAGGUUACAGCAACAGCUAAAGGAAAUAAGACAGGCGGCCAUAGGAGCAACACCAGAGGGAUUGUUACAACGUUUGGAAGAAGAAACAAAUGUAAACACUUACAUCGUGAAACAGAAACUUCCUAAAGAGAUAGAUGCUCGGCAUAAAGAAGUUGAAAUUCUUCAGUUCAUAUUGUCAGAACCAGCAAUGAGUAGAGGAGAUCUGGAUGCUCUAAACAGUAAGAUUCAGGCAGUGAAUAAUGAAGUGAACCAAUUGGUGGAACGCCAUCUGGCUGCAAAUAAUCCAACUGAUGAUAAGUUAGCACCAUUCCGACAGCAAGCUGCUAUCAUUGCCCGUAAGAAAGAAACAACAGCAGAACAGUUAACAGAACUCAAGAACAAAAUGGCAGCAAUAGAGGAAGAGCUUCAGGAGAAGAAAAAUCAACUGAAGGACUUUGCUGGUGAAACAGUGCUACGAGGAGAAGAGUUUAAACGUUAUGUGACAAAGCUGAGAGGCCGUAGCUCACUGUACAAAAGAAACAGAACUGAGCUGUCAGCACUCAAAGCUGAGGCUGGAGUACUGACUCGCACUACUGAAAUACUUCGUGCUCGAGAUGAGGCUAUUUUGCGAGGACUGGCAAUGGAAGAGGCUCAGCGAGGAGUGUCUGGGUUUCGAGUAGCAGAGGAACGUAUGGAGCAAGUUUCUGGAGAGAAGGCAAACAUUGACCAAAAGAAAGGGCAGACUCUGGAAGAAAUGUCUUCCCUUGUACUGGAGCUUACCCAGCGAAUUGCCACUAAGAAGGCUCAGCUAGCACCAAUUAUCAAAGAAUUGAGACCAUUGAGAGAGAAAUGCCAGGAACUAACUGCUGAGUAUGAACAGAAGAAGCGCGUCUAUGACACUACUGCAGCUGGUCUUGACAGUACUGCAGCAAAACUUGAGCAGGAAGUACAAAACCUGAAGGAGGAAAUACGAACUUCGGAAUCAAAGUAUCACUUGCUUCAGGCUGAAUCGGUGAUCAGUCAGGUGAAGUUGGAUCAGCUAGCAGAAGAAAUGCGAUUUUAUGUUGGCAGCACAGCAGGAUCUGAAAAAACUAAGUCUCUGCGGGACCAGUUAACUAAAAAAAUAAAUGAACAGGAGAAAUUAAGCCGCCAGCUGAAAGAAGAACAGCAUAUAGUUAAAGACAAUCAGGCUAAUCGUUCACAGCAAAUGAAACUGUGGACUGACCUUAAGAAGUUGUUAGAAUGCAAAAAGCAUUGUCUUGAAGAAGCAAGACAAUACUCUGGUACUGUUCACAAGGAGAAAGGAGCAGAGACAUUGGUCUUGUAACAGAUAUUACAUCACAUAACUGGAAGAUGCAUUACUGCACGACUGACAUAGUGCAAAAUUACUUUGUUAUUGAAACAGUGAACUGUUGAUUUUCCAGGGAAAUGGAGGAGAGAAAUGAAAAUAAUGGAGAAUCAGAAGACUAGAAAUACCCAUUAUCUGCACUGAAUUCAUUCUUGAAGAUCACUUAUUACUUUGAAAUAAUUCUUUAAACUUUCAUUCUGCCAGCUGUUUUCACAAAAUCCUGGAACUUGAUUACACUUAUAUUACACAUCACUCUUAAAACAAAUAUAUAUGGAGGGGGGGGGGAUCUCAAAGGUNACUUAAUUUUUUUUUGUCAAAACCAUGUGCUUUUGUUUUUCUGCCAUUCUUAUAACCAGAUACAGAGUAAACGUACAAAGGGCUAAAGAGCACUGUACUGGCUAAAUUAGAGAUAAAUAAAUAAAAAACAAAACUGCACCAUAUAAAGCUAAAUUAAAUAUUUAAAGCUAAGAAACACUCCAGCACUAAAAUCUUAAACUAAAUGUGAUGUCUAUGAGAACACAGUUCAGUA